GCGGAAGGUGCCGGCACCUCGCGGAUCUCGUCCGCCACGUUCUUAUAGCCGCACAUAUCUGCUUUUGCCAUGCCGUCCUUGCUCGCUGCACUCUUUCUAGCCAGCCUUACACUCGCUGCGGCCGGUGGCGCGUGUGGCAAAGUACCGUCCAUGGCCCCGUCCUUGACGCCGUCGCCGCUGCCACCACCAAGCCCCUGCAGCGCGUUUGUCGACGGAGCCAUCAUCACGCUCUUUGCUGCGGACUUUGGGUAUUGGAGCUUGGACAAUUACUUGGCGCUGGCGACGGACGUGCCCACGAGCUUGACAGUUCUCUCGACAAGUUCCGGGACGUUUGCGCUGCACGACGACGUUCCCAACUACUUUGGCAUCCUCAUCGACCCAUCGGCGUUCACAAACCUCGUCAUACCCUAUAACGACGCGUCAACGCCAGAGACGAGCUUUGCGUGCGUCGACGUCGGUGACAACUGCGUUGCGCUUCGCGACAUGAACGGCAACUUUGUGCGUCCGUGUCCGAGUUGCGUCCCAGAGAACGAUGCGAUGACACCGUAUCUCGCAUGCACGCCGCCUGUCAAUGGCCAACCAACGACGGCGCACGCGUGGACGGUUAACGUGCCUGCACCUUAACAACGCGGGCCACACAGCAGCACACUGGGUCCGUAUUCACCGUGUAGCACCACUUGGUAUACCAUGCGACACGCACUGCCGUCUUCUAGUCUAACGUCAACACAUUGUCAUUCCUUUACA